AACUUAACUUUGCAUCCUCCACUCACACUUCACCCACUUGCUCCUCAUAAUAAACUCCUCUUUCCAUUCCCUCAACUAACUGCUUCUGCACUUAUGGCCGAUGAUAAGCACCUAAACGGUGCCUACUACGGCCCCUCCAUCCCUCCGCCGGAGCAGCAACGUCCCCGCCGUCACCGCGGCAGAAACUGCUGCAGCUGCUUCUUCAGCUUCCUCUGGAAGGCUCUCCUCGCAAUCAUCCUCUUCCUCGCCCUCGUAUUCCUCAUCUUCUACCUCAUUGUCCAACCACGCGCCUUCAAGUUCCAUGUCACCGACGCCAAACUCACACAGUUCAACUACACCACCACCAACAACAACAACAGCAACAACCACCUCCUUCGCUACAACCUUGUCCUCAACUUCACCGCCCGCAACCCGAACAAAAAGCUCAACAUCUACUACGACGAGGUGGAGGCCGUCGCGUUCUACGACGGCAUCCCGUUCGGUUCGACCGACGUGAUCACGUGGCGGAACUCGUUCCGGCAGUACAAGAAGAGCACCGACCGCAUGAGCGGCGUUUUGAGCGGCGAACAUGCGGUGGUGCUCGACCGUGAUCAGGUGGUGGAUUUUGAGAGGGAUAUGAGGGAUAGUGUUUUUGACAUCGAUGUGAAGCUCCAUAUCAGGAUGAGGUUCAGGCUUGGAGAUUCUAUAGGUGGUACUACUAAGGUCAAGGUUAAGUGUGAGCUUGAGGUUCCUUUUAGUUCUAAUAAUCAUGGGAAAUCGGUGACUCAUGUGUUCCUGCCCACUGAGUGUGAUGUCAAUUUCUGAGAACGUUGUGUUUUUAUAUUUUCACCUUUGUUUUUGUAAUUCUGGAUUUUGUUUACAUAAACUACUUCAAGUUGCAUUGAUAAUUAAAUCUAAUUUGGAGAUAUGGGUUUAUUGAAA